UCCUGUUGCCGGGCUGCCGCGGGGAAGCAUUUGGGCGUGGGACUGCGAGAAGCCGCUUGUAAACAGAGUCGGGCAGGGAUGGUCGGCAGCCGGAGCGCAGCCGCUGGCGGUGAGGAGGGCGGGCUGCCUGGGUCGGGGUCCUGCCGAGGGUCGGCUGCAGGCCGCACGGGCGACGGGACCAAAGCCGCGAUCUCUGACCUGGAGGGGAAGUAUUUGAUGAAGACAUUCCACCUAGGGAUGACUGCUCCAGAAUCUCUCCCUCUCUGCCUGUGGUCCAGGAAAUUGAGGCUUGGCGAUACAGUGCUUUGGCAAACACUGCCCUGCUGUCUUCACUGAGAUCUCUAAGAACAAGCUCUCCGUACUCCUGUGCUUGGAUUUCUCUAGGCAGUUGGAUGAAGAUUGCAUCCUCUUGUUUCCACAGUCGCAUUGCUGGACCACCUCUCCAUUGGCUGAUUGUUCACAACACCUCUCCUGAAGCUGUUUAGAAGCUUGGGCGCCGUGUCAUGGAAGCCCUGGAAGUAGAUGACAUCAGCCCUGCCUUAGAGGUUACUGAGGAUUUCUUUAGUACUUUUGACAGUAAGCUGGAAAAGGCUGUGCAGCAAGCAGAGGUCUAUGGGAUCCAGGAAGUCCCUGAACUGGUGGGGCAUGAGGUACUCAGUAACAUAACAGACAAUGGUGCUUUAAGAAGUGUUGCUUCCCUGGGCAAGGGGACAAUGAUUUGGGACCACUGUAAGAGCAGGCUUCUAGAAACCAAAGCUCAAAAUGUCUUCCCUGCCAAAGAACAGCUUAUGGUCCAGAGAGGGACAGCCCCAGAUAAUCUUUCCUGGAUGGAACAAAAGGAAGCAUCAACCUUCAACUUUUUCAACAUCUGUCAACAUCGGAGGGACAGACCUCGUUCUGUGAAUGACUUAUUGGAUGAGACCACGACUUUCAAGCCUGGCCAUGCUCGGUCCAGGUCCGACGUCACCCAUGUGGACUGGCGGGUAGUCCUGAGCACCAUGCCUUUGCAGCAGCAGCAGCAACAGCAGCAGCAGCAGCAGGCGUCCCUUCAAGGCCCUCACUUUCCCAGGCCAUCUUUUCUGUUGUCCUCACCCAAUAAGGUAGAAGAUGCUCAAGGAAAUGCAGAAUACAAACAGACAUUCCCAAACAUACUGAAGAAGGGUUAUCUGGAGAUCAGGAAGAACCAUGACAGUUACUGGCAAAGCUGUUAUGCAGAACUCUCACCCUACAACUUAAACUUCUACAGCCUUGAUAGCAGUGGCAAUCAAAACCUGUAUGCCACGUACCAGCUUUCCCACUUCCAGAGCAUAUCUGUUUUAGGCAAUCUUGAGGCCAGGAUGGUAGACACUGUUCUCUAUGACAAUUCUCAGCUGCAGCUCAAGGCAGAGUCUCCGUGGGAGGCACUGGACUGGGGGCAGAAGCUCUGGGAAGUUGUGCAUGCUGCUGUGCCCAAUCACCUAGGCCGGCACGAUGAGAUGGCAAACUCUCCAGGACUCGGUCAUCAGGCUGACUAUGCACAGAACCACUGUUUACAGAAGAAAUCCAGUGGGCUGCUGGCCUCCCCUGUCUUGGAUAGCCCCAAACAGUACCAAAACAUCCUCAAAUCAGGGACACUUUACAGACUGACUGUCCAAAACAACUGGAAGGCCUUUACGUUUGUGCUGAGCAAGGCCUAUCUUAUGGCUUUCCACCCCGGCAAGCUAGACGAAGAUCCCCUGUUGAGCUACAAUGUGGAUGUGUGUCUGGCUGUGCAGAUAGACAACCUGGAUGGUUGUGACUCUUGCUUUCAAGUCAUUUUUCCCCAGGAUGUCCUCCGCCUCCGGGCUGAGACCCGACAGAGGGCUCAGGAAUGGAUGGAGGCGCUGAAGACAGCAGCCAAUGCUGCAAGGAGUUCUGAGCAAAACCUGCAAGUCACACUGAGGAGCAAACCCAAGGGUCAGCCGGGCGGCCAUGAGCUGCGGAAGAACAAGCGGCAGUCUGUGACCACCAGCUUCCUGAGCACCCUGACUACGCUGUCCUUGGAGCGGGGACUCACUGCUCAGAGUUUCAAAUGUGCAGGGUGCCAGCGAUCUAUUGGUCUCUCUAAUGGCAAGGCCAAGGUGUGCAAUUACAGCGGAUGGUACUACUGCAGCAGCUGCCACGUGGACGACAGCUUUCUCAUCCCAGCACGCAUAGUUCACAACUGGGACACCUCAAAGUACAAGGUGUCCAAGCAGGCCAAGGAGUUUCUGGAAUACGUGUACGAAGAGCCCCUGAUCGACAUCCAGCAGGAGAACCCCAUGCUGUACCUGCAUGCCGAGCCGCUGGCCACUGUGGUGCGGCUGCGACAGCGCUUGAAAUCGCUCCGAGCCUACUUGUUCAGCUGCCGGGCGGCAGUGGCAGAGGAUCUGCGCCGCAGAAUUUUCCCCAGAGAAUAUCUCCUUCAACAGAUCCACCUGUACUCUCUCGCUGACCUGCAGCAGGUGAUAGAGGGAAAGCUGGCUCCAUUCUUGGGCAAGGUUAUUAAGUUCGCCACCGCGCAUGUCUACAGCUGCAGUCUCUGUAGCCAGAAAGGGUUCAUCUGUGAGAUCUGUAACAAUGGCGAGAUCCUCUACCCCUUCGAGGACAUUUCAACAAGCAGAUGUGAAAGCUGUGGAGCUGUCUUCCACUCUGAGUGCAAAGAAAAGUCCGUCCCCUGCCCACGGUGUGUCCGACGGGAGCUGCAGAAGAAGCAGAAGUCCUUCUGGCGGCAGCUGAACGUGGACGGAAGUCUGGAAGAGGCAUGCGCCAUGUUUGAGCUGUCCUGCCAGAACACCUGACUGCAGGCCAGGCCACACUCGCCACUACCCAGGGGCUCCCGGCCCUGCACAUGAGGCUGGUCCUUCUUCAGCUAGAUGUAGAUGAUAAGUUAUUUAUUUAUAUUAUAUACACCUAUACGUCCUGUACGUAUUUGAAUACUCAUUGUCCAAGAAGUCCACAAAGAUCCUGUGGUGGAAUUCCUACAGAUAGCUGAGUUACACGUGGCCGUGAGACUCAGCUGCUUGCUCCCAGCAGAUGUGAUUUACACACAUUGCUCUGUAGUUCAGACCCCUUUAUGUACACUGGCUCUGAGGGCCAGUCUACUGCACAGGUAUUGGAAGAAGCAUCUCUUGCAGCAAAGCUUUGCAUUAUUACUGAGAUUUAACCUUUGCUGGGGAAACUAAGGUAAGAGCCAUUGUCAUCUGCUUCACAAGGACAUCUCUCAAACCCAAGAAUGUUUCUGGAUGUUUCCAGGCCCCAGAAUCCUUGGCAGAGAUGGGAAGAGCAAAGCAGGGCCACACAGCCAGAGGCCCUUUCGCCACCAGAGAGCAUCAGAGCAGAGCUACCCUGGGUUUGAACAGAAUUCCUGAAAGAGAGUACAGAAAGUGAGGACCUCAGUGGCCAGUGCCUGCAUGUCCUCCGUCUGUUGGCUGGUGUGAAGGCCAGCACCUCCCAGCUGAUGCGACCCCACGAUGCCUGCCCGAGUGCACGUGGGUGCCCUAAGAGCAGCUUUCCAAGCAUGGAAGGAAGGACAUUGGUCACGGUUUUCAUGGUGCUGCCCAGGAGGAAAUGUCCCAGGAUUGCACUCAAGCAUAUCUGUGCGUAGCUUGCUAGGUAGAGUAUACUGCACGCAGCUUGGAGGACACGAUGUUUCCUUUCCCAGAGUCCUCCACCGGCCGUACCCACCUGUCUGUCAUUUGAAGGUUUUAUUUCUCCUGUCCUUCACAGCACUUUUGACCUUUAUUCAGUCCACGUAACUACUCCUGCUUUUGUAUUCUGGGUGUUUUGUUUGUUUGGGCUGGGGUUAUAUUUUAAGACAGGGUCUUGCUGUAUAUCCCUGGCUGGCCUCAAACCUGUGAUCCUGCUGCCGCAUCCUCCAAAUGCUGGGAUUACAGGUGUUUACCACCGUACCUGGCUUUACUUGUUUUUAAUUAUUUUUUAAAAAUAUUUAAAAGUAAAAAUUAUAUAAUUAUUAAAAGUUAUUAAGAAAUAACAAUUUGAAAAAUACAAACCUAAACUAUUAAGAAAAUACCAAACAUAAAUAGAAUUAAUGAAUUGAUAUUAUUGAAAUAAGUAGAUAUAUACACAUGCAUAAUUGCCACCUCACACUAAGUAACACAAAGAGUAACUAGUGUGGUAGAAGUAAGAAGCAGAUCGCUUCGCUCUUUGGAGGGUAGUGUACUCCCACUGUGAGCCCCUUGUAAGAGCCUGUGUAGUUGUCACUGUGACCAAGAUGGCUGCUAGGAAGGCACUGAAGCCCUGACGGCCAGUAUUCCUUCUUCCUUGACUCUUUCCAAGGCAGGAAAAUGCUCACCAGGAAGUCCUUGUCUGUGUCUUUCACGCGAGGCCAGUGUCGCCCAUUGCUACCCAUGCUCUGUCCUUCGGGAUUUUCACUGCUGUUCAGAUCAGGGGAAACACUGGUUCACAAACACAGCUUCGGCUGCAAGUUGCUCCCCACAGGCACCAGCUCUUGAUGCCUCUGUCCAGUAGGAGACUUUCAGCUGACUUGUGCAGUUAGAGGCAAGCACUUCACCUCUUGGCCCACACCAUUUCCUUUGGCCCCAGACCGUGCAGUUCAGCGCCACACGUGUUCAUUUCCUAGCUACCCGGAAGCUAAGCCAAGGCAUGAGACUUGGUAAAAGGCCAGGGCCCUACUUACCAGACACCUCACGGUGCUUUUAUAAACUCUGGGGAAGGCAGGUUGACCUCACUGAGUGAGAGGUAGGGAAUGUUGCACAUAAAGGACAAGGGUGGGAAGUCUCAAACACUUGGCAAAACAGGCAAACAGAUUUGAGUAUCUCUCUUCCUCCUCCCGUUCAUGAAAUACAGUAUUUAUAUUUUCCAGCCUCAGAGAACAGAACAUGAUCUUUCACUGGAGAAUUCUAGACCUGCUUAUUAUGAACCAGAUGUGCUUCCAUGGCACAGUGCCUUCUCUCUCCACCCCCAGUCCCUGUCGCCGUAGCUUAUGCUUGGCCUUUGCUGAAAUUAGUGUAUCUGUGAUUCUGACUGUCAGAGACGCCAUUCCCAGGACUGAGCACAGAGACCUGAAGAACAGAGCCCCUGGCCCCAGCUUGGCCGGGUGUCCUGCCCCAACUCACAGAUGCCCACGAUCAGACCUAACAAAAGCUGAGGGUGAAAUCUAGACCCCUGCUCAACACACCUGAGUUGUCCCACUGCCCCCAGAGGGCCCUGCUGUGUGUGAGCAGACCUUGAACACUUCUAAGACCUUUCCCCGGACAUUGCUUUGUGUUUAGUUUUUAAAGGGAAAAAGAUACGAGCACUGUUGUUCAUGGUCUGGAACUGGAGCCAUGCCCUGCCACUUCUGUUUUCACUCUGCUGUACAUCCCCGGCCCCGCUAGCCUGGUCUAUGCCAGCUCUGGGCUCGCAACAGUGAUCUCAGCCACCACCACCCGAACCUGAGAGGACACCGGAGCGCGCGGUGCAGUUGGGUCUGCCGUGAAAAUUCAAAAUUGCUAUUUUCAGCCCAGAAUGCCUUGGAGUGCCUGAAGGCCCUUACUGUUUUCAGGUCUAACAAAUUACUUGGUGCAGUGUUAGGUAAUUAUUCCACUGCUUAGAAACCAUCGAGACAAAAGCAAGCCUGUGGGUUUCCACCUCCUUUUCUUCAUCUCAGUAAAUAUCGUACAUGGAAAGCAUAAUGGAAAAUGGUCCAUUAAUCUCCUGGAGCUGCUAGCACAGCCCGGGAGCUGCCCUUCACUGAACAGCCCUUCCCUGCUGUAGCACAAGAAUUCCCUCCUGCUGGUGCCAGAAACCCAUGUGCGACACCAUCCAGCCUGGGGAAGUGUUGGCACCCACCCCGCCGUCAAGAAGCCAGUUCCUAAAAUAGACCUGCGUUUGCACCGCAGUAGGAAGGCCGCAGGGUGCUCCAAAGGCAGUCAGCUAUGAUGGGAGCAGAGUUCUUUCCAGGGCUGCCCGUUCCCAAAGUUGGAAGCAGCCUUAUAUGAAAACCAUGUAAACUCUCUGUCUUCCUCUUGACUUCAUGUGCUGAAUAACAGCCAUCUUUUGGGAGUUUUCACAUUUGAUGAGCUGAAAGGUUAACUGCUUCUUGAUUCUUCUAGAAUAGGCCUCUACCAAAAAAAGAGAGCGAGAGAGAAUGUGUGUGUGAUUACAGUGCCUUGGGAUUCCCAGGUUCCAAUACAGUCUGAAAUAGCCCAGUGUUAUGAUUCCCCUUAGCUGCCCCAAAACCAAGGUGUCUGUGUCACUCUGUCACUGUGGCUGAGCUGCAGCACACCCUCUGAGGGUGAGGUCUGGCCUCUGUCUCUGCUUGUCAUGUCUGCACACUGAAUGGGGGCACUGACAACUUUCUCUCUGCACCUCCUCCAGGAGGCUUGGCUGCCAGCCCUGCAAGUUCCUUCUCUAUCCGUGGGCCAGAAAUCUCCAGACACAAACUACCUAUGAGGACAGGACCACAGUGAUGCCACACACUGAGCACCAACGGCAAAACCCACCCGCUGCUGUCAAGGAAGUAGAGAUACGUUCUGCUGCUAGUCCAGGGGCAAGCCCUGCCCUCCCGCCCUGCAGAUCAGGCCUGGGUCGGUCUUCUCCCGUGCUUUGUUGAAAUAGCUAGAUUAGGAGCUAGUCUUUGACCCUUAGUUGGAAUACUGCCUGGUUCCAACACAGACUGUUUUAUUUUGUUCAGUUUGGCUUUUCUUAUGGUAAAUAGAGAAGUGUGCAAUAUUGUUUGGGAGUUCCUACACUACUUUUUAUCUUCUGAAAUAAUGUGGAGAUGUCAAGAAUUCGAGACAAAAGGGAAAGCAGCUGGCCCUUUCUUCCUUAGCUUCUUUCGCCCUGGAUCCCCUGGCCUCUCCUUAGCCAUUCCUUGGUGCCCACUCGGUAGUGGUGGUGAGCACUGGGAACUUGGGUCACUGCUCUGCCCUGUCCCACUUGCCUGAGCCCAGAAUACUACAAGCUACAUGGCUAAGCCCCUCAGCUAACUAACCAGUGCUGCUCUCCGUCACAGGUACGGUUUCUUAACAGUUAAACCUCAGUUCCCAGUAGUCUCUCUGUGUAGGCGCUUCUGUCCUUUCUUUGAAUUCAAAACUCUCUGACUGGAAAUUUUUUUUUCUGGUGUGUUUUAGUGGGUGUGGGACUAAAAUAAAAAAUCUCCAUCACUGUAAAACUUUAGGUGAAAGGGAAAAUGUAGAUGGGCCUCUGCCGCGUUUGUCAGCGUGUUCUGUGUAAGAUGGAUUCCUGGUGACCGUGGUCUGUAGCACUGUCUCCAUAAAGUAGGCUCUGAUGUGAUGGGAGGCACUGGUGAGUGGAACACAGGCUGCUCUGCCGGGCCCUGCUCUGAGGGGAAAGAGGCACUGGCUGCUUGUCAUUUUACAAAGCUCCCUAGUGCAGCCACUAGUCUCCCAGGCCAGAUGAACAAGACGCCUACAGCCGCUCUUCCACAGUUGCCUCCCUCUGGCUGGCCAAGGAAGCCGUAAUCCAGCCCCGUCCCCUCCCAUGCUUCCCUUGCCUGCUUUCUUCCUCAGCCCUGGGCCAGGUUCGGCCUCAAGCUAAUAAACCACCUAGUGAACCACCCGCCGGUGGCCCUUCCUUCCCACUGUUUUGUUUCCCUGUAGGAGUGCCUUAUAGUCUAGUCUAGUCUCUGACCCACUUGAAGCCUGCAGGACCCUUCAACCAACUGUGGAUCCCUUCGCGCUUCCCUGCCGGCUCCUCCUCAGUCCACAGUCCACCUGGAGCCCGUGUAUUCCGAGAUGCACAUCAGACCUUCCACCUUCGCUUAACCUGGUGCCUUAACUUCACAAGUAAAGAGAUCCACAUUGCAAACACGCUAUCUGAGUGAAACAUCAGUUUCUUUGGUGCCACUGGCACUUUUACCAGGAAAUACAAUAGGCAUAAUCAUAAAUGUUUUGACCUUAUUUUAUGAUGUUUCUAAGCCACUUUUUGUUUGCUUGCUUUCAUUAACCAAACUCAGGGGAAAUGUCAUGUCACCAAGGUCAAUGGGGAAAGAAGGAAAACUAGCUACCCAGAAGCAAAUGUCAAAGUCUAUGAACUCCAUCUUUAUCAGGUUCAAAAGUGUCACCAACUCGAGGAUUUUUUUUCCCUUUACUGUAUAAAGAUUCUCUUUAUUACCACCUGUGUUCCACGUGGGAGGUGGGAAACCUCGGGGAUGCGUGUGGACGACAGUGUCCACUGAGCCAUGGGGCCAGGCCUUCGUUCGCUGUGCUGCGGAGUGCUCGGCAGCCUCUGGUCACCUGACUCCUACUGUAAACAGCUCUUAGUUGUCUCUGGGGAUGGCGAAGGAGGAGAGCCCAUGCCUGCAGGCGCAGAGCAGGAGCCGAGAUGUGGAUGGUCCUGGACAGCGCACUCCUCAGCUCCGGGAUCAAACCCGAGCCAUCCCCUCCUGGUCACGCGGUACCGUCGCAAUCAGGAUCUGCACUUGAGCUAUUCCUUCGCUCUGCUAGUUAUUCGUAAAGAGUUAAUGUGCUAGUUGAUGUGGUCCCUGGUGUCUGGACUUGAUUGCCUUUCUUGGUUAAUUUAUCCAUAUUUUUGUUUACAUUAUUUUUUAAGCUAGUAACUAAGAGUAUAAAAUCGAAGUUGUGCUGUUGACAGGACAUCUCUCUCUCUCUUUUCUCUCUCUUUUUUUUUACAGUUGUCUGUCACAUAAUUUAAGUGCACCUGUUCCUAAUGUAUAAAAUUAUCUCCCUCUCAAUAAAUGACAAUGAAAGUA